AUGGGGUUACCUACUACAAUGACAACGUAUGUUCCACCUAUAAUUAGUAGCAACAAAUGGUAUGCGCACUAUAAGUUUGAUAGUGAAGAAGAAUUGAAACAAUUUACACAUUUAAUAGAUGAUUUUGUGGGUGAACGCGUUUACGUCCAAGUUAGACACAUAUUAUACCCUGACAAUGAAAAAACAGAUCUCGUGGAUGUCAUGUGGCAAGUGGUGGACCCCAUGUGGUUAAGUAAAGGUCUAGGUCAACGAAUGUGGGCGUUGGGGAUUGCUCGAUUAAUUUGUCAAACGUAUGAAUCGAUGACUUUUUCUACUAUAAAUCGUAAAUAUGAAUAUAUGGAAAAAAUGUACGACAACGUGCACGAAGUAGAUUUAAUUUUGAAAAAUGCAAAGAUGAAAAAAAAUCUCGCAGUGACUGUCGGGGCUUUCUUCGGUGUCUACACAUUGUAUAAAUUGACGAGUUUUUCAGUUUCAGCUAUUAUCGAUCUGUUGCACUAGACAACAUGUCCUCCACGGUGAACUAUAGCGUGUACGGAAAACGUUAUGCGAAUGCUCAACAUUUAUUCCAAAGCUAUGCAAAUAAAACCAGUAAAGUCGGGUGGUAUGAGAAAUUCGACAAGAAAGUUCACCUUGCAUCAGGAGUACUCGCAAGAGGGGGGGAAACAAAAUUUUUAUAUAAGACAUGUAUUGCCAUCACGACCGAUGAACUGCUCGAGGUAGCUGAUUCGCUAAAGAAAGCAGCGCGUACACCAGGAGCAAACAACGAUUUUUGUAUCUCAGAAGGCACCGAUUACAAAGGUGAUGAAACCAAAUUGGUUCUUCGCGACAGCGAUUAUCAGGGUUUGGUUUUAUUGCGUAUGAAUGCCAAGAAAGCAGAUAUUGUGGUUGAUGAGGAUUCAGACGAAGAUCCUGAUCCAGAACCCAUGGGCGUCGAAGAUGAAGCUGUUGAAAAUGUGGUUGAAUGGUCUGAGUGUUUCGAGAAGUUCUACAUCUCGAAACGUGAUGAUUGGAAGAAAUUUGCCAAAAUUAUGUUAUCUAUUCACAAUGAUGUCACACAUCUCAACGAUGUUGAUCGAGAAUCAGUGAUCCCUCCUACUGGUGAACCUCAGAUGCAGAAGCAGAUCGUGGGCCCGUCUACAACCCCUACAACGACCAAAGGUGGUGGAAAACGUGGUGCAGGUAGUGGUGGUGGUGCACGCAAGAAACCCCGCCCGACCAACGCAGAGUUAUUUAAUCGUGAAGAACAGGUAAUAAAUCGGGUACGACCCACAUAUUCUCCUAUACGUCCCUUGAAACCCAUACCCCCUCUACGUUCUCGUAGUUUGGACUACGGAAUGACAAAAUACAAUAGAUCUCAAAAACGUGCUGUGCAAGUAACAUGGUCCGAGCCUUUAGUGAAAAAUAGUUAAAUUUAUAUAUAUUUUUUUAGAAAUUACCGCCAAAAAAUGCGUUGGCAACUAUUUUUCAGUAUAUGCUCGAGGGUAGUACAUUAGAAGAUACUGUUCUUAAGCAUUUAGAUGAAUUAAAUAGUGAAGCACCAUUCGAUUACAUGCAGUUAGCUCGAGAUCGACCUGCCAUAUUGUUUGCAAUGUACGAAAUUAUUCAAGCUCAAGUUGACAAGUAA